CUUUUGGAAUAAUUCGCAUUUCGGGUUGUAGAGCAAGCAAGAUGUUUCCCUCCUUAACUAUUGUUGCUGUUUGUCUCGGGCUUGCGUCGGCUGGUUCUCUAGUGAAAAGACAAGCUGGAUGCCCCGAUCCAUUCACCAACGUGCCAAACCCCUGUGUUAACAAUGUUCAGGGCAGAAUCUAUUAUCCCCACCCAAGUGACGCCACCAAAUUCAUCCAGUGCGACCUCCUGGGCCGUAUGUACAUCAUUCAGUGUCCACAAGGUUUAACCUACAAGGCUAGCACCUCAUCCUGUACAUCCGUUAGCGGGGGGACUCUUCCUACCGUGAUGCCUGCCCCUACCACAACUAAAGCCCCUGUCCCAGUAGUCACCGACAAACCCUCCCAAAACCCUUGCACCGUAAGAAACAUUAACUCCGGUAACAUCUACUUUGCCUACGCCUUCGACAAGUACCGAUUCAUCGAAUGUGAUCUCUUAGGAAAUGCCAAUAUUCUAAACUGUCCUUCCGGCCUUGUUUGGGAACAGAGCCGUCUCUCUUGUGUUUACGACAUCGGAACCGAUAAUGUCGUCCCAAACCCAGCCGGAACCGGAAGUGGGACUGGAACCGGAACCGGAACUGGUACCGGAACUGGUGGUACCGUUGAUCUCACCACUAUUUGUGCUCCGAAAGGAUCCACUAUUACCACUACCGACGAUCUGUUUCACCCAUAUCCGGGAGACAAGAGUAAAUUCAUCCAGUGUGAUCUAUGGGGUCAAGCUAAUGUUGUGGACUGUCCAACAAAUUUGAUCUGGAACGAAAUCAGCAAAACUUGCGCUGCUCCUUAUAUUGUAAAUGGUGUUCCAGCUCAGUCCCUCACAGGCUAAACGCUGUAAAUGACUGUAGAGUUUAGCUAGGUUCUAAAAUUUCUGCAUUUUCAAUAUUUCAUGAUAGACAUCCGUGUACAUGUGCAUAAACGUUCUCAUCUCUUUUUUUCUGCAAC